AUGAUGAGUUUUAAGGAUAAGGGCAAAUGCACUAAUUGUAACAAUGAAGUGACUAGGGCUACUAAAAAUGUCUUAUAUUGUGUGGUGUAUAAAGGUGAAGGUACAGAGACAAAAAAAAGAGCAAAAAAAAUCAACAACACGAUAGCACCGGGGAAACACAUGAGGUACAGAGUUUCAUUUGACGCGUUCUACACCUUCAUUUCAGUUAACGCGUCCCGUCAACACUUCGUCGUUGGUAGAGUUUUAUUUGACGCGUUCUACAGCAACUUUUCUUCAACAGCUUCACUCCAGUUAAAACGUCCAAGUCAACACUUCGUCGUUGGUAGAGUUUCAUUUGACGCGUUCUACACCUUCAUUUCAGUUAACGCGUCCCGUCAACACUUCGUCGUUGGUAGAGUUUCAUUUGACGCGUUCUACAGCAACUUUUCUUCAACAGCUUCACUCCAGUUAAAACGUCCAAGUCAACAUUUCGUCGUUGGUAGAGUUUCAUUUGACGCGUUCUACAUCUUCAUUUCAGUUAACGCGUCCCGUCAACACUUCGUCGUUGGUAGAGUUUCAUUUGACGCGUUCUACAGCAACUUUUCUUCAACAGCUUCACUCCAGUUAAAACGUCCAAGUCAACACUCCGUCGUCGGUAGAGUUUCAUUUGACGCGUUCUACAUCUUCAUUUUAGUUAACGCGUCCCGUUCACACUUCGUCGUUGGUAGAGUUUCAUUUGACGCGUUCUACAUCUUCAUUUCAGUUAACGCGUCCCGUCAACACUUCGUCGUUGGUAGAGUUUCAGUUGACGCGUUCUACAGCAACUUUUCUUCAACAGCUUCACUCCAGUUAAAACGUCCAAGUCAACACUUCGUCGUCGGUAGAGCUUCAUUUGAUGCGUUCCACAACAACGUCUCUUCCACAGCUUCAGUCCAGUUGUUGCGUUUGCGUCAACGCCCGCAACAAUAA